AUGAUGUUUUUGUGGCUUGUUUUCACGUUUGGUCAACUCAUAAGUACCGUUAGAGGUCAAAGUCAGUCAACUAAUGCCACCACCGAUCCAUCCGAAGCAAGGGCUUUGAACGCGAUUUUCGACGGGUGGGGAAUUUCGGCCUCGAACGAAUGGAACAUUAGCGGCGAAUUGUGUAGCGGCAUUUCUACGGAUCGAACCCAAAUUGUAAAUAUAAAUCCCGGGAUAAAAUGCGAUUGCAGUGACGAUAAUGGCACCACUUGCCACAUCACGGCUUUGAGAGUCUAUGGUUUGAAUGUUGCCGGUCCACUUCCUGACGAGCUAUGGAAUUUGACGUUUCUCAAUGAUUUGAAUUUAGGCCAAAAUUAUUUGACAGGUCCGAUUCCAGCAUCCAUAGCCAAUCUCACUCGAUUGCAGUACUUGAGUUUUGGCACAAAUGCCUUAUCAGGGGAGGUCCCUAGAGAACUUGGUUUGCUGACUGAUUUGAGAUCAUUGUCGUUUGGCACGAAUAACUUCACCGGCCAUUUACCUCCCGAGCUAGGGAAUUUAUCAAGACUUACGCAAUUAUACACGAUUAGUUCUGGAGUUAGUGGUCCAAUACCCGAAUCAUUUGCUAAUCUACGGAACAUGGAGAGAAUGUGGGCAUCAGAUGACGAGCUCACAGGCCGAGUACCCGACUUUAUUGGAAACUGGUCGAGUCUUGUCCAACUGGAUUUGAGCUUCAACAAUUUGGCGGGAAGAGUUCCCGAGUCUCUUCUCAACCAUAGUUCUCUAACCCACUUGUUUCUCGGUAACAACCGGUUAACCGGCACGCUGCCACCACAAAGAAGUCAAUUUCUUAGGACUAUAGAUAUGUCGUACAAUGAAUUAUCCGGGAGCUUCCCACCAUGGGUCAACGAACAGAACCUACAACUAACUUUGCCUGCCGGAUUAAAUUGUCUUCAGAGGAAUUUUCCGUGCGGCCGAGGGAACCCUACUUAUUCGAGCUUUGCCAUUAACAGCGGCGGGCCUCCAAUUCGGUCUUCGGAUCAGGUCCUGUUUGAGAGUGACAACGAGACUCUUGGCCCGGCAACUUAUUAUGUGGCGGCCUCACGGAGAUGGGCCGUGAGCAAUGUUGGCCUGCCGGCCGACAGCGACAGCCCACAAUAUCAAUACUAUUCCCAGUCUCAGUUCACAAACACUCUCGACACGGACCUCUUUCGGGACGCCCGGAUUUCGGCUGGGUCGUUGAGGUACUACGGUCUGGGCCUCGAAAACGGAAACUACACCGUGAGGCUACGGUUUGCCGAGAUAGCUAUUUUGGGUGCUCGGAUUUGGUGGAGCCUCGGGAGGCGUGUUUUCAACAUUUAUAUCCAGGGAAAUCUGGUGCAAAGGAAUUUCGACAUACGAAGAGAAGCUGGUGGAAUCGACUUACGAGCCGUCACACGAGAUUACAGGGUUAGUGUAACUGAAAAUUACCUUGAAGUCCAUUUGUUUUGGGCCGGGAAAGGGACUUGCUGUGUGCCUGCUCGAGGGUCGUACGGGCCAUUGAUUUCGGCUGUAAAUUUUGUGCCGAGCGUGUCGAAUAAUCCUCCACGUGGGAACACGAACACGAGCAGGACGAUGGGUAUGAUUUUCGGGAUUGUUGUUGGGGUUGCAAUUGUAAUUUUGGUUGCUCUUAGCUUGUGUUAUGUGUAUCUAAAGAGGAAAAGACAAAGAAACUUUGAGGAUCAAGAGUUGUUGGGGAUCGAAACACGACCUUACACGUUCGGUUAUGCCGAACUCAGAGCCGCAACCGACGGCUUCAGUCCUUGUAAUAAACUCGGUGAGGGAGGUUUUGGACCCGUUUACAAGGGAACUCUAGCGGACGGGAGAGUGGUUGCCGUUAAGCAGCUGUCGAUGGCAUCACACCAAGGAAAGUGCGAGUUUGUGGCCGAGAUUGCGAUUAUAUCUGCCGUGCAACACCGUAACUUAGUUAAAUUGUACGGUUGUUGCAUAGAGGGAGAUAAACGGUUGCUCGUUUACGAGUACCUUGUGAACAAGAGUCUCGAUCAGCUCUUAUUUGGAGACAGAAGCAAAAGUCCAUAUCUCGACUGGGCAACACGUUACGACAUAUGCUUGGGGGUGGCGAGGGGACUUGCCUAUCUUCAUGAGGAGUCUCGACUGCGAAUUGUUCAUCGGGAUGUGAAGGCUAGCAAUAUUCUGCUCGAUUCGGAGCUUGUCCCAAAAAUCUCGGAUUUCGGGUUAGCCAAAUUGUACGAUGACAAGAAGAGCCAUAUAAGCACUCGAAUUGCUGGCACAAUUGGGUAUCUAGCGCCGGAAUAUGCCGUGCUCGGACAUCUAACCGAGAAGGCUGAUAUUUUUAGCUUCGGAGUUGUGGCUCUCGAGAUCGUGAGUGGAAGACCGAAUUCCGACUCAAGUUUGGAAGAUGAUAUGGUAUAUCUUCUCGAGUGGGCUUGGAACCUUCAUGAGGACAACAAACAACUCAACUUAGCCGACCCGACUCUGCACGAAUACAAUCCACACCAAGUGAGGAAGAUAAUCGACAUUGCCCUUCUGUGCACGCAGGCGAGCCCCGCCCUAAGGCCACCAAUGUCGCGAGUGGUGGCCAUGCUGUCGGGUGACAUGGAGGUGCCAGCUGUCACCACAAGGCCCGGUUACCUAACCGGCUGGAAAUUCAACGACACCACCACUUUUGUUUCGGGGGUCGAUAUCUUGGUCCCGAAUUCCCACGUUAGUCAGGUCGAUAACGGUGCAAGUACGUCGGGUUAAUUAAUUAAUUCCCUUCGUUUUUUUCUUUGGGUUUUCCUCUGGCUUGUUCUGUUUAUUGUGUAUUUUGUGAGGUGAACUAGAAUGAUGUGAUUUUUCUCUGUUUUUCUUCUUUGUCCUAAAAUGUUUGUUUUCUGGUAAGCUAAGAAUUUGUUGAGGUUUUUACAUGAAAGAGUUCCCCAUAUAUGAGGAGUAUAUGGUGUGUACAUAUACUUUUGUACAAGCAUGAAUUCGAGCCGAUGGGAACUCUUCAUUUGCAAAGUCGAAGGAAACACUACUUAUUUUGGGUAUAAAAAGUAUGAAUAUCAGAUUUUCACGGC